GAAGGGGAAAGCUGGAAGUCGGCACCCAAUCAGAGCGUGAGGGGGGCGGGGUUAGUUUCGGAUGCAUGCGCGUUUUUAAGGCUUGUCUCUGUUUGAGAUAAAAAGGAAAAUAUUCCCUGUCUAUAUUCCCAUCUGUCUGUCUAUCCUUUUCUUUUUCUUUCUUUCCUUCUUUUCUUCCCCUAUCGCUCUGUCCAUUCUGUCCUGAGUGCAUGCAGGACACUGGCCCCUCCCUGCGUGCGAACCCGGUAGAACAGUCUCGACUCUCGGCUCGGGAAGCAGAACCGAACCGAACCGGACCGGACCGGAGACACGAUGUCUGACCCGGUAAAGAGCUCUGCUUCCGUCACGACCUCCAGCAGCCCACCUGCUCCUGCCCCGGGCUCGGACACCUACAAAGGCUGGCUCUUUAAAUGGACCAACUAUCUGAAAGGGUACCAGAGGAGAUGGUUCGUCCUCAGUAACGGGCUCCUGUCUUAUUACAGGACACAGGCAGAGAUGGCCCACACGUGUCGGGGCACCAUUAACCUGGCCACAGCUCACAUUGACACAGAGGACGCAUGUAACAUGGUGUUGAGCAGCGGGGGGAGAACCUACCACCUGAAGGCCGGGACAGAGGUGGAGAGGCAGAAAUGGGUCACGGCACUGGAGCUGGCCAAAGCCAAAGCUAUUCGCAUGAUGAACGACCAGUCAGAUGACUCGGGGGAAGAAGAGCCCACGUCACGCUCGGACCGCAGUGAACUGCAGGGAGCGCUGAAGACUUUGGCGAGUAAACUGGACGAUCUGUGUACGUGUAACGAUCUGAUAGCGAAGCACGGUGCAGCGCUGCAGCGGUCCCUCAGUGAGCUCGAGGCUCUGCGUGUUCCCGUUGAGGGCAGUGAGAAGAUAAAAGCUGUGAACGAGAGAGCGACUCUGUUCCGCAUCACCUCCAAUGCUAUGAUCAAUGCAUGCCGUGAUUUUCUGGAGCUGGCCGAGAGCCACAGCCGCAGAUGGCAGCGAGUCCUGCAGCAUGAGCGAGAGCAGCGUACACACCUGGAGGAGACGAUAGAACAGCUGGCCAAACAACACAACAGCCUGGAGAGAGCGUGGAGGGAGGCGCCAACACACACGUCCAACACACUCGACACCACCUCCACACACACCGGAGUAAGUGAGAAGUCUCGCAAAGAGGAAGCGAGUGAUGAAGAUGAGGAUACGGAAUAUUUCGAUGCCAUGGAGGAAUCACCUGCUUUCAUCACAGUGACGGCUACAGACGUCUCUCAGCACAGACGUUCUCAGAGUAAUCUAAGUGGUGCCAGUGGUGGUCAGCCCAAUGACUGGAACCUGGAGCAUUUGUCUCCAAGCUGUAAUGAUUUAUCAGGGAAAGAAGUGCAGACACGCAGGAAGAGGCGGAGCCGAAUCCCAGACAAACCCAACUAUUCGCUUAACCUGUGGAGCAUCAUGAAGAACUGCAUCGGCAAAGAGCUCUCCAAAAUCCCCAUGCCUGUGAACUUUAAUGAGCCCCUCUCCAUGCUGCAGCGACUGACCGAGGAUCUGGAGUACAGCGAGCUGCUGGAUAAAGCAUCUCGUUGUGAGAAUUCUCUCGAGCAGAUGUGUUUGGUGGCUGCCUUCUCUGUUUCGUCCUAUUCCACCACCGUCCACCGCACGGCGAAACCCUUCAACCCUCUGCUGGGUGAAACGUACGAGCUCGACCGGCUCAACGAAUACGGCUACCGCUCCAUCUGCGAGCAGGUUAGUCAUCAUCCUCCGGCUGCGGCACAUCAUGUCAUCUCACAGCGAGGAUGGACUCUGUGGCAGGAAAUCACCAUUGCUAGCAAGUUUCGGGGCAAAUAUUUGUCCAUCAUGCCACUGGGUGCCAUCCACCUGCAGUUCCACGCAAGUGGGAACCACUACAUGUGGCGUAAGGUGACCUCCACCGUACACAACAUCAUCGUGGGAAAACUGUGGAUUGACCAGUCAGGGGACAUCGACAUUGUGAACCACAGAACCAAAGAGACGUGCCAGCUUAAGUUCUCUCCAUACAGCUACUUUUCGAGGGAAGUUCCACGCAAGGUGACUGGUGUGGUGUCAGAUAGUGAAGGACAGGCGCACUACAUUCUAUCAGGAACGUGGGAUGACCGAAUGGAGAGUGCUAAGAUCGUUCAGAGCAGCCGUGGCAGCAGCGGUGCAGAGGGCAAGCAGAAGACCGUCUACCAAACACUCACACCUCGAUUACUGUGGAAGAAAUACCCACUUCCAGAGAAUGCGGAGAACAUGUAUUUCUUCUCAUCUCUGGCUCUGACACUGAACGAGGAGGAGGACAGUGUGUGUGUGACAGACAGCCGUCUGCGUCCGGACCAGCGUCUGAUGGAGGAGGGACGUUGGGAUGAAGCCAACAUGGAAAAACAGAGACUGGAGGAGAAACAGAGAGCUGUGAGGAGAAGGAGAGAUGCAGAGGCUUCAGACGCCAUGGACCAAGAGUGUGAGCUUGACUCUGGUCGGGAGUUCGAGGGCUACAAGCCUCUCUGGUUCCAUCAGAGGACGGAUCCAGUGACUGGAGAGAUGAACUUUGUGUAUAAAGGAGGCUACUGGGAGGCCAAAGACAGACAGGACUGGAGUCUGUGUCCCGAUAUUUUCUGAUGACGGAGACGGGGUCGAGGAUGGGACGUCUGAUUACAGACUCGCACAGGAGCCGGGAUCUGGGAUCUAGGACACAGAACCUCAGCAGGAGAACUGAGACCAUCCAAGGGAAAGAGAGACAGAUAGAAAUAGUGGAGGGUCUGAGCAGUCUCCAGUAUUAACCUGAAAGCUGUGUGUGUGUGUGUGUGUGUGUGUGUGUGUAUGUGGAAGAAAAGAAGGGAAUUUGGACUUGAACUUUGACCCCUUAAUUCUAUAAACUAAAUCAGGUGCUCUUUCUUCUGAAAAAACAACCAAACAAAAUACAUCAACAAGGAACGUACUUCAAAGUGCACUUUUCCCCUCCCCCCACUUCCUUCCUCCCUCGUUUAGUCUGCCUAAUGAGGCUCUAUUCCAUAUCCAUCGCACUGAUCCACCUCAAACGCAGAAGAAAGAGGUCACUGCAAAUAAAGCAUAUAAGUGCGAAUACUCAUUGAUAUUUGCAUAUCAUUAUAGCCCCAUUUGCAUAUUCCAAAGGACAACAGGAUUGGAAAUUAGACUUCACUUCAUGUUAUGGCCAAUUACGAGCCAUGUUUUUAUACCCACCACAAACUCCGCCCACUCUUAGAUUAAAGCAGGGAUACGCAUGUCCUCGUCCUUAACGACCAAUAUAUCGUUAAAAAAAGGAUAAAAAAAGAGUGUUGAGAGCUGCCACAUGGCGUUCGGUGACGCGCUCUGGAGUUCAUAUCGAACUCAUAUGGAAUAAAAAGCCUGAACAGUGACACGGUUAAAGGAACAGUUUGGGGAAGGUUCCGUAUCAGUUCAGUACAAAUCUAACUGUUAAUUAUUUACAUCAUCAUAAUAUUCUGUCAUCCAAAUCUCAUUAAUAUUUUAUAAAGACGCCGUUACAGUUAUUUUAAACUGCAGACGUGUAAAAUAGUUUGUAAGAUUGAACACAAGAAGUUCAGAAGAUUCAGAGUUUCGUUGUUGAGAGUAUUAGACUGAAGGUAAGUUUGAGUGUAAGUUUGUUUGUGAAAAUGAACGUGUGUGUAAUGUGGAGUCUCUCGUGUUUACUCGAUCAAUAAUGUCAAAACAAUAGCAACAUUUUUGAGCGAACACGUUUAAGCGUUCAUGACGUGUUACAACAGGACGUGAUGUUACGAGUGAGUCACCAAAAGUGUUCCUAAUCCACAAAAUCAUGUGCAGCCUGUCAUUAUUCAAGUAGUUUGUAAAAUUGAACAUAGCGGAUAUAAUCAGCUGCAUUAAUCAUUUUAUAUAUAAAAAAAACAGGAAACAAAAUGUUUUGAAUGAUCGGCUAUAAUAAUAAAAUUAAUUUCUCCAAACUGUUCCUUUAAUCAGAAAGAUUAUCAGAUUAAACUUCUGUUUUUUAAACUAAUAGUCUCAAGGGAUUUUUUUACUGUAGUAGUAAUUGUUAAUAAAACAGCCCCGUUGUCCCGCUAGUUAGGUUUUAAUAUGCUAAUGUGUGCACUCAGUGUUAAAAAAUUUAAAUAAAUGAAAAAAAGCACACAUUUAUUAGCAUAACCCCUCCCCCCCACACCCCACCCCUGUUCCUCUGUUUCCUGAAGCUCCUCACUGAGCAGAAACAGUAAUUUUGUCGACGAUGCAUCUGCAUUCUGAACCUUCUCAGUAUUAUCACACUGGAUCUCUGUUGUCUCACGUCUCGAGGUCGAGGCGACCCUGGCGUUAGCGUUAGCAUUAGCGUGACCUGUUCAGACUCUGGUGUGUUUAAUUUUUAUGAAGAAAAAGAUAAUAUUAAUAAGAAGAACAAAUGAUGGUAAUAAUAAUAGUUAUUAAGUGAGUGAUGAUUAAUAUAGUGAGUAACAGAAAUAUUUACUGUACACGAGUCUUAUCACAGAUCUGAGAUCAAACCUGGCUGAAAGUUUUCAUGAUUUGAUUUGAAAUUUUAAUAUUUUGUAUUAAAAGAGAUUUGAUCACAUGGUCA